AUGGCUGGAAUUGCAUUUCUACUUUCGGUAAUUUGUGGAAAUUCUCCAGAUGUGUGUAUCAGUGAUCAGAAUUCACUUGGAGUGAACUAUAAUGUUAUUCAAACGUCACCACCAUCAUAUAAAGAACAAAUGGAUAAAAUAAAAGAAGAACUUGAAGGUCAAACGUUGAAUGUAACAACUCUUGAAGAUUCUCCUUUAAGUGUUUUAAAACGAGUUGAUAAAGGCGAAUAUGAUGGAGGAGGCUUUGCUUUCGAAUUCUUCGACCAUUUAUCAAAAAAGUACAAUUUCAAUUAUAAUGUGAUCAAAUCAGAAUAUAAUAUUGUUGGGAGUAGUAAUGACACUGAGGGUUCAGUUUUGCAAUUAAUUAGAGACAAACAUUUUCAUUUGAUAUCAAACAGACAUGUUCGUUUUUCAACACCAUUAGAUGAAGGAGAGUGGAAAAUGAUCAUGAAAAGACCACAAGAGUCAGCAUCCGGUGCUGGUUUGCUUGCACCUUUUGAUGAAGUUGUUUGGUAUUUUAUUCUCGUAUCCUUGAUUGUAACCGGUCCAUGCAUCUUUGGAAUAAUUUGGAUUUAUCAUCGUUUUGGAAAGCACACUGGUGAACCUUAUUACAAUUUAUGGCAAUGUGUUUGGUAUGUUUAUGGUGGCUUAAUGAAACAAGGAUCCGUUCUCUCUCCAAAUGCUGACUCAAUUCGUGUAGCUUUUGCAACAUGGUGGAUUUUCAUAACAAUUCUUACAAGUUUUUAUACUGCAAAUUUGACUGCGUUCUUGACAUUGGCCCGCUUCUCACUUCCUAUUAAUGAACCCAAGGAUUUGAGUGAUAAAAGUCAACGUUUCAUAUGUCAUCGAGGCUUUGCUGUUAACUACGCAAUCACAAAUUAUGAUGAAGAACUUGGGAUUUUGAGAUCAAUGCUGGAGAAUAAAUUGGGAGAACUUGUCAACCAGAAUAAUGACACGGAAAUUUUGUUAAAUCAAGUUUAUAAGAAGAAUGUCGUUUUCAUUCGAGAUAAGCCAGCGAUUGAUCACUUGGUGUAUGAUGAUUAUCGUAAACGCAAAACGUUGCCAUCGGAAAGACUUCAAUGUCCGUUCGCCAUGAGUAAGAUUGUUUCAUUGAAAAGAAAACGUGGAUUUAUCUAUCCAAAGGAUUCUAAAUGGGCAAAACUUUUUGAUCAACAACUUCGCUAUAUGGUAGAGGGUGGAAUAAUCAAUCAUCGUUUGAACUAUGGCUUACCGAAAGCUGAAAUAUGUCCACAAAAUUUGGGAAGUAUUGAAAGACAGUUGGGACUCAAUGACUUGUUCACAACAUACUUGACUAUGCUUAUUGGCUUCAGUUCAGCUUUAGCCAUCUUCGUUGCUGAGAUGAUAAUGCGUUACUUUAAUGGCCGAAAAGACAUGUCGAUGAGAGAACGUGGCAUAGAACAAUCCAACACCAGGCAGAUAUUGGUUAAACCGUUUCGUAAAACGAAAGCGUCAUUUAUACAAGAAUCUACAAAAACAAUUUCACCACCGCCAGCUUAUGGUGAAGCUAUCAAGACUAUUUUCAACACGCAGGCCAGUGUUGAUUCCGAACUUAGCAAUUCUGGUUCGAUUGAAGGAUAUCGAACAUUGAAUGGUCGAAAAUAUGCAAUCAUCAAAGAUGAGAAUGGAACUCAUUUAGUACCGACUCGGUCACCUUCAGCAGCACUUUUUAACUAUCAACUGGCUUACAACAUGAUUGAACCUCGUUUAACUCCCAUGGCAACACCAAGAUCUUGUCGACUAGGAGUAAAACAAUAUACAAUGUCUUUCUCCUCACAUACUGCUGAGAAAAUUAUUUUGUUUACAAAAAUGAGACUUUUAUGUUUUGUUUUAGUUUUAAUAGAAUUUCUUAACCUUUCGUCCAGCUGUAAACCAAAAAAUAAACUACCGAUUGUUAUCAACACUUGGCCAUUCACAAAUGCAACAAUCCAAGCAUGGGAUGUUAUCUAUAAUCUAGAAAAAUCUGCAAUUGACGCUGUGGUUGAAGGAUGCUCAGUCUGUGAACGAGAACAAUGCGAUGGAACAGUUGGUUAUGGAGGUUCUCCUAAUGAAGUAGGAGAAACGACUCUUGACGCUAUGAUAAUGGACGGGAAAACAAUGAAUGUUGGAGCUGUGGGUAGUUUAAGAAAUAUUAAAGAUGCGAUAGCUGUUGCUAGACAUGUGCUUGAUAACACAAAGCACACACUUUUAGUCGGAGAACAGGCAACAAGUUUUGCGGUACAAAUGGGAUUUAAAAAACAAAGUUUAAGCACAACAAAAUCAAAGGAACAAUUUAAUGGAUGGAAAGCCAGGAAUUGCCAGCCUAAUUUCUGGCUUAAUGUGAUACCAAAUCCUUCAAUGUCUUGUGGACCUUACGAGCCAGUUUAUGAACAAGUAGAAAAGCAAUCCCUUAACGACAUCAAUUCGUUUUUUAAUUCAAAUAAUCAUGACACCAUUGGAAUGAUAGCGAUUGAUAAGAAUGGCGAUAUUGCAGCUGGAACAUCAACAAAUGGCGCUUCAUUUAAAAUUCCUGGUCGUGUGGGUGAUUCUCCGAUUCCUGGUUCAGGUGCCUAUGCUGACAACUCUGUUGGCGCAGCUGCUGCAACCGGGGACGGCGACAUUCUCAUGCGCUUUCUUCCUUCUCUACUAGCUGUUGAAUUUCUUCGACAAGGAGUAACACCUGACAUUGCUGGAGAGAAAGCUCUCAUGAGAAUAGCUCAACAUUAUCCUCACUUUGUAGGUGGCAUCGUUGUUGCUGAUAAAUAUGGAAAUUACGGAGCUGCUUGUCAUGGAAUUGAUAGUUUUCCCUUUUCUGUUUACAAUCCUUUAUCAAAGAAAGUCAAAGUUGAACGGCGUGAUUGUUUAAGAAGCAUUUAAAUGUUGAAAUUCUUAACUUAAACGACAAAAUUAUUAUAAAUAAAAAUAUUAUAUUAAUAAAAAGAUUUUAUGAACAAA